AUGUUGCUCUUUGGCUUGAUAACUCUUCUCUUGGUGCAAAAUGGUGCGCGAGCUCUGGAGGGUGAAGGUAUAAUCGGGGGCGAAAAAGUCGACCCCAGGGAGCUCAGCUACCAGGUAUCGAUACAGGUGCUGGGUUUGCAUGUCUGCGGCGGUGCGAUCAUCGACGAGAGUCACGUGAUCACUGCAGCUCACUGUGUCAUCGACGAUGAAGACAAUGAUUUUAUGUCGCUACCGCUUACAGUCGUAGCUGGUACGAUUGACAUUAACGACGUGGAGGGACACGAGUAUGAGGUUGAGAAGGCUUACAUACCCAAGGAGUUUGAUAUCACCGACAUACCAACUAUUUAUGAUAUUGCUGUGCUCAAGCUGAGAACGAAGUUGGAUCUGAGUGACUCCAGUCUCAGUGCUCUCUCCUUACCUCCCUCGAGCGUAGGUAGAGGCGCUUCUCACGUGAGCUACGCUGGAGAAGAGGCCCUGAUCAGCGGCUUUGGUUGGAAUCACGUCGAGGUCAAGGAUGUUCCAAUUCCCGAAGAUGAACGUACUGAAGACGGAGACGAGUUCUAUAAGAUGGAAGAUGGCGACUCCAAUGGAUAUCUGCUCAAGGCCAAGACUCUGAUCGUCACCAACCGCGAGUGCCAGAAGCACUAUCGCCAUCUCAUCUACAAGAACCAGCUUUGCGCUAAGGUCAUCCAGUACGAUGAGAACGUGCACCAGGGUGUCUGCUCGGGCGACAGUGGUGGCCCACUGGUACAUGAUGGCAAGACUCUUAUCGGCGUGGUAAGCUACAGCCCCAUCGGCUGCGUUGAUUCGAUCCACCCAGCUGUCUACACCAGGGUCUCGUACUUCAUCGAUUUUAUUAACAAGGCCAGAAAGAACAUUGUGACCGAGACAAUUCGCAGUCACACCUGGUGA